UAAAAUCCAGACUUCAAUGGCGCCCUUCUUCAGUCUCGUCUCUCAGUCUCUCGCGCAUCGUUCCUCUCAGCUGAAGCGCCGCAAUCUGUCUCUAUCAUUCUCUCGCUCGUCUCCGGCCUCUCCGCGCCGCCGCAGUAGCAGUGGCAUCUGUGUGAUAGUAGUUCCCUUGUCUUCUAUCAAAGGCAAGCUUCAAUCGAGCUGCCCUAAGGUUCACUGGUAAAUUUCAGAUGGUCCUAGGUGAAGAGCAGCCAUGAUUUGUGAGAGAGAGAGAGUUGUUGGAGAGAAUCAAAUUUCAGUUGUGAAUAUAGAUUGCUUUAUUUUUCUUGGAGCCAAAGAAGCAAAAUUCAUCCAAUAUAAGAGCAGACCCUAUUUUGGCGCUAAAUUGCUCAAAACAUGCAUUUUGAAUUAUAAACAAGACCUUCAGCAACAUCAUAGCUGCAAAUCCAGCGACAAUUAGAUGCCGCGUACAACGACGGUCGAGAGUUCCGGCUGCCCUCCACUACGAGCCCUAACCUUUGACGUUCUCGGCCUUGUCAAAGUUUUGGAGGCACGCGGCGGACAGAAUGGAGAUGCUGCUAAAGUGGUGGAACGAUGGGGUGACCCCGACGCCUCCAAAUGUGUGCUUUCAGCUUCAAUUCUUGAUCGGGAGUCUGACCCGAUGGUUGGUAUUGCAAGAAAAUCUGGAUCAGUUGAAGUUAUUAGUGCUAUAAACGGGGAUCUUCAAGUUCAGAUUCCGGAUUUAUGUCAGUCUGCAGUCAGUCCUGAGGAUGACUCCAUUAUUGGAUUGCAUUUGUUGCAAAAACAUAAAUCACAGUCAUCAUCUAGGUCAUUUACACUUCUUGCCUCUACAACAAAAGGACAUGUGAGAAUGGAAUCUGUUAAAUUCGGCAGAACUCCAGCAGAGUCUGUUCGUGAUCCUUCUCCGACAUUGUGGAAUGUAUGUGAAUCGGGUAAUAUUUUGUGCUCAAAAGUGAGUGAAGAUGAGAAUCAUGCCUUGUUUGGAGGGAAGGGUGUUGAAGUUAAUAUAUGGAAUCUUCACGAAUGCGUGAAAAUAUGGACUGCGAAGUCUCCCCCUAAAGACAAUCUUGGAAUCUUCACACCGACUUGGUUUACAUGUGCAACCUUUUUGAGUAAAGAUGAUCAUCGAAAAUUUAUUGCUGGGACCAACUCUCAUCAGGUUCGGCUCUACGAUAUCUCUGCUCAGAGAAGGCCUGUGAUUUCAAUUGAUUUCAGAGAAACCUCCAUCAAGGCUGUUUCUGAAGAUAUUGAUGGAAAUACAAUAUAUAUAGGAAAUGGCUCAGGCGACCUUGCUUCCUUCGAUAUUCGUACUGGGAAACUUCUUGGAUGCUUUUUAGGAAAAUGUUCCGGAAGUAUAAGAUCCAUAGCUAGGCAUCCUGAGCUACCUGUGAUUGCCUCCUGUGGGCUUGAUAGCUACUUGCGAAUUUGGGACAUACAGUCACGGCAGCUUCUCUCAGCGGUUUUCUUAAAACAACAUCUUACAACUGUCGUCUUUGAUUCCCAUUUUCGUAGCGAAGCUCCUGCACCACAAGUCGAAAAUACCGCAGAAGAAGAAUGCGUAGAAGUGACACCUUUGAAACGGAAAAAGGCGUCUAAAGAGCAUCAUGGAAGUAAGAAGGUGAAAUCAAAGAGAAGUAGCAAGAGGUCGAAAGGUGAAGAAGAUUGACACAUUCUACAUUCCAUGAAGGAAAAGUUUUUUACACCAAAUUUUGCUGUUGUGGUAAAUUUUGUAUUAUUAUGCCUUUGUAAAAGGCAUAACUAGUCAGUGAAUUCAGAUGAGAAAUUUGUUUACUUGCACAUUUCACAACUAUAGUGCUUUAAGAUUUGUGUGUAUUCCA